UGAGUGGGGCAUUGGGUGUUUUACUGCACAGAUCUCAGUGUCCUUCUGCAGUUCCCGUAGAUUUCCACGCAUUCUGCAACGCCUUCGAAGCUGGUUUGACCCUCGGCGUCUGCCGUCGGCAGCCGCCUGCCAGCUGUCGGCGCCUUUGUGCGGCGGCGGAAGGGGCGCGGGGCGAGGGCGGCGAGAGCGGGGCAGGAGCCGCGGGAGGAGCCGCGGGCAGUGUUUCAGCCAUGUCUGACAAAAGCGAGCUGAAGGCGGAGUUGGAGCGCAAGAAGCAGCGAUUAGCUCAAAUCAGAGAGGAGAAGAAGAGAAAGGAGGAAGAAAGAAAGAAGAAAGAAACUGACCAGAAGAAAGAUGUUCUUCCAGUACAAGAAGAAUCUGAUCUUGAAAAGAAGAGAAGAGAAGCGGAAGCAUUGCUCCAGAGCAUGGGGUUGACACCCGAGUCUCCUGUUGCUGUGCACCCUCUGCGAGUAGUAACAGCGGAUACCUGUCUGUUUCACUAUUUAGUCCCUCCUCCUACCUCUCCGUCCUCCAAAUCCGUGAGUACGCCAAGCGAGGCUGGGAGCCAGGACUCGGGGGAUGGUGCUGUUGGAUCCAGGACGCUGCAUUGGGAUACUGAUCCAUCAGUUCUUCAGCUCCACUCUGAUUCCGAUCUGGGACGUGGACCUGUUAAACUUGGAAUGGCUAAAAUUACACAAGUUGACUUUCCUCCUCGAGAAAUUGUUACCUACACAAAGGAGACACAAACACCUGUCAUGACUCAGCCCAAGGAAGAUGAGGAGGAGGAAGAUGAUGUGGUUGCACCAAAACCAUUAGUUGAACCUGAAGAAGAAAAAACAUUAAAAAAAGAAGAGGAGGAAGAAGCUGCCCCUCAUGAACUCACAGAGGAAGAAAAGCAACAAAUUUUGCAUUCUGAAGAAUUUUUAAGUUUUUUUGACCACUCCACAAGGAUUGUUGAAAGAGCCCUUUCUGAGCAAAUCAACAUUUUCUUUGACUACAGUGGAAGAGACUUAGAGGACAAAGAAGGAGAGAUUCAAGCAGGAGCAAAACUGUCCUUAAAUAGGCAGUUUUUUGAUGAGCGUUGGUCAAAGCAUCGUGUUGUCAGUUGUCUGGACUGGUCAUCUCAGUAUCCAGAAUUACUUGUAGCCUCUUACAACAACAAUGAGGAUGCACCUCAUGAGCCUGAUGGGGUGGCCCUUGUAUGGAAUAUGAAGUACAAGAAAACUACCCCAGAGUAUGUCUUUCACUGCCAGUCUGCAGUGAUGUCAGCCACAUUUGCAAAAUUUCAUCCCAACCUGGUGGUUGGUGGCACAUACUCGGGCCAGAUAGUGCUGUGGGAUAAUCGCAGCAAUAAGAGAACCCCAGUGCAGAGAACACCGCUGUCAGCUGCUGCUCACACGCACCCAGUGUACUGUGUAAAUGUUGUUGGGACCCAGAAUGCUCAUAAUUUGAUUAGUAUCUCAACUGAUGGGAAAAUAUGCUCUUGGAGUUUGGAUAUGCUUUCCCAACCACAGGAUAGCAUGGAGCUGGUUCACAAACAGUCCAAGGCUGUGGCUGUUACCUGCAUGUCUUUCCCUAUUGGAGAUGUCAACAACUUCGUUGUUGGCAGUGAAGAAGGCUCAGUGUACACUGCAUGCCGUCAUGGCAGCAAAGCUGGAAUCAGUGAGAUGUUUGAAGGACACCAGGGACCAAUCACGGGUAUCAACUGCCAUGCAGCAGUUGGACCUGUAGACUUCUCACAUCUUUUUGUCACCUCUUCUUUUGACUGGACAGUAAAGCUUUGGACAACGAAGAAUAACAAACCUCUCUACUCCUUUGAAGACAAUUCUGAUUAUGUUUAUGAUGUGAUGUGGUCUCCAACUCACCCUGCCUUGUUUGCCUGUGUGGAUGGGAUGGGCAGGCUUGACCUGUGGAAUCUCAACAAUGAUACUGAGGUGCCCACUGCAAGCAUCACUGUGGAGGGCAAUCCUGCUCUGAACCGCGUGAGAUGGACACAUUCUGGGAGAGAGAUUGCUGUGGGUGACUCAGAGGGACAAAUAGUUAUAUAUGACGUGGGAGAGCAAAUCGCCGUGCCCCGCGGGGACGAGUGGACUCGCUUUGGCCGAACGCUGGCGGAGAUCAACGCCAACAGAGCGGACGCGGAGGAGGAGGCUGCGACCCGCAUCCCGGCCUAGGAAUCACUGGGAAUCACUGGAUGCCAACCCCAGGGUGGCACUGCUAAUCCCAGCACAGGGAGGAAUAUAUGGAUUCAGCAAUGGACUUUGAAAUGUAUUAAGAUCACUGAAAAUCAGAUCUUGCAUUGUUUUGUUUUAUAUAUUAAUUACAGGUACAUUCUCGGAUUUGUGUAACUUUUAAUACAGUUAACUUUGCAGGGAUCUUCUUUUGCUGAAACACUAACCUGGUAUAAAUUUGCUACUUGGCUUCUGAAAAGUCCAAUCUGAAACAGUAUCUUUCUGAAAAGGAAAAGUUUCACUCCUAAAACUUUCUGUAUUACAGAUUAACCUUCAUUAGGCAGUAAAUCUCUGAAGCAUUCUUUACUUUGAGCUCUUCAAAUUACCCAUGAUAUGCAUGCAUAUGUUCCAAGUUUCAUUGUUUAUAUAUAGAUAAGCCUCAGACUCUGGUAGUGGGUAAUAUAUGUGAAUAAAAAUUUGUCUGUAGUUACAAACUUAUGUGACAAUUAGACCUGAAUUAAUGAAAUACAUAUUUAAUACUAUUUCUUUUUGUUUGAAUUGGUGCAUUAAAAGGUGAGACAGAUUCAUAAAUAAAUACUAUAAGAGCACUUGUCAGCUGCCCUGACCUGUAAUCUGUGUCCCUUCAAUAGUUCAAAGCUUCUGGGAGCUGAUCCUUUUGUUUUACUACACACACCACAGUCUUGUUUUCUACCCUCAGCCACCCCUUUCUGCAAUGGCAAUUGGCCAAUAGCAAAAAGGCUCCUGUUCUCAAGUUUUUCUUUUCCAAAGGAUAAGGAACUAGACUUUAACUUAAUUUCGAUACCAUGAUGAUUUUCACUCUGUUAACUACAGACUUGCUACUAAUUUUCUGUACUAAGUUCAAGAUUUUUAUUAUUAUGGAUUUUUAACAUUUUUAUCGAAACAGGACUUCUUAAUGGCUUGAAAGAGAAUGGUUGUAAUUUCUGUUAAAGGUUACUUUUUUUCACAGCACAUUAUAAAGUUUUCUAUCACAGUGGGUUUCACGGGGGCUGGUUUUUUUUGUUUUAAUAAAUACUGUGAGUUUUACUAAUUAGGCACUAAAUCAGUUUUGUAGCCUUUAAUUUAGGACUCUACAUUAGUUCUUAAUCUCUUACAAGCUUACUGUUUUGUCAGAAGAGCUGUUUUUAUAUGCUUAAAAAUAGGAAAUGGGUUUAUAUGACUCAAUCAGUUUUGUGUCCAGGAGUAUUGUCAUUGUUUCUUUGUUGUCUAACUUUUCUGUUUAGUUUUGGGGUUUCUUUUCUCUUUGUCUUAGUGUUGUUAUUAUGAGCAGCUUGUGGAGACACAGCAGUAACAGCAAUUCUUUCUUCAGAAAGUUUUCUUUUUUGGUGGGUCUGGAAGUGAAAUGUGUUUGGGGCUUCCAUUGGUGUCAGCAUUUCAAGAGUUUGUGUCCCUCCCUUUUCUGCUCAGUAUGCAGACAUUUAUCCUGUGUGUUCUCCUCAACCCUACAACAGCAGCUCUGUUCACAUGAGAAGCAUGUGAACUGUGAAGGAACAGGCACGUCAUGAGAUGGUUUGUACCUUUGGGCAGAAGAAUUCUUAACAAGCAGAAGUUCUCUUGGUUUGAUGGUUUUGAAGGGAGGGGGUGCUUGGGUUUUUAGUUGGUUGUUCUCAAGGGGUUUUUCAAGAUUACUUCUCAUUGAAUAAUACAUUUCCCUCACACUUUUAUUUUCAGAAGUCCAGUACGUAAGGUUUUCCUUUGUGUACAUGCAGAUCAUAUGGCACUAGUUUUGUGUAGUUUCAAUUAUUAAAUUUAAUACUACCCUAUCUUUAUUCCUGCUUGUGGUCCUCCCUCACAGAAUAGCUGAGUACAGAUUAGAAAUGCAAAAGCCAUACCUGCAAUGUUAAGACCAAAAGUGAUGCUAGAUGCUGUAAAUGAGGGUUCUGGAGAUCAAACUGUCCAGUUUUGGAGCUGCAAGAAAUAGAAAAGCUGUUGUGCAUUGUCAGCUCUCCUAAGGCCUUGAUCAAGGCAGUCAACAAAGCUGUGCCUAAGAUUAAAUGCAGGGGGUCCCCACCAUUUUUUCUCUAUUUAGAAAAGUGCAAGACAAAAUUCAUAGCUACAGGAGAGUUCCCAGAAGCCUGUCUCUAUCCAGAAAACAGAACAAGAAAUUCCUUAAUUGCAACAAAUAAAGAAGGAUGCCUUCUCUUGGGUUUAUCUAUAUUCAUAUUGCAGAAUAGUGAUCAAACUUCUAAGUUUGAUCACUAUCUAAGGUCAGUGUAUUGUAACCUCUGGCUCACUAAAUAUUGUUUAGCACCAAAAUAAUUUUUAGCUUCUUUAGAGGCUAGAGCAGGAGAAAGGCUGCUCUGUGUAGUGUUCAGUUCUCAAUGAGCCAUUUCUUCAUAAACUGACUUAAUCCCUGAUAGGCCUGCUGUCACCUAAAUUUAUAUGGUUUGGAUAUGCUCUAUUCCAGGAUGUUUAACCCUGUAAGAAACAUGUAAACCUUCAGCAAGCAAGGCUGGAAACCACCCAUCUCCUCUCUGGCUGCAAGGAUGGUGUGACUAACUUUCCUCCACGACAGCAGGAAUCUCAGCUCCCCUAUUUCCUCUGACAUUUUUGCAUUUCAGUAUCAUACCAGGGAAAUAGUUCAACCUUUCACUUUCUGUUCUCCUUUUACUUCCACUCAUCUGUAAAUACAAACAAUGAGUUUUGAAUAUAAAAAUAAUACAAAAGUAAGUAGAUUUUCACCCCCCACAGAAUAAGCUAAUUUCAAGGUAUUCAAAACACUCUAGAACGAAGGAGAAUGCUUUCAAUUUUUUUUUUGUAACAAGUUUUCUAUUCAGGAAAAAAAGGCACUCUGAGCAGUAAACCCUGUAAAAAUUCUUGAGUGUGCUAGUAAGUGGCAAGUCUCUCAUUGUGUUUUGAAUAUGCUACCAUAGGAGUAGUAUCUAUUACACAUUUAGUAUUGCCAUGAAUUUUGAGAGAAUUGCUUGUCACAAAGUAGUGCUUCAAAAUAAAAUACGGCAUGUGCUCA